AUGGCACUGCGAUGGAUCCUCAAAGACUCAUCACUAUUGACACCAAGAAUCCACAACAGGAAUUGGUGUUGGAUUGAGGAGUUUGGCGACGGCACCUCCAACUUCAACAAGGACAACGCUAUCACUGGUAUUGAUCUCAACCUUGGUGAACAGAAAUGGGAUUUCAUUGGUUUCCUAAGCGAAAAUACCAACUUGACACAUCAAUCAACUGUGGUGUGCAAACGUAAGCUGGUCAUCACACCUAAUGGCCUUGUUUUGGUGUAA